AUGUAUUACUUCAUGAUAUCAUUUUGCAUUAUUUUUGUGUCCUUCACUCAAUCAUUUAAUAUCGAUGAUGUAUCAAACUAUGAGGUUGUGUCAAUUCGUCACAAAAGACAAGCCAAUAACGGAUUAACGAUUGAAAUGAUGACAAGAGGAGAACAGAUUAAAUUUUAUUUGAAUCCUACUGACGGUUUCAUUGCAGGCACAAACACAAAAGUUUACACUGCCAAGAAUGAAAACGAUCAUGUUCAGUUUUCUUAUCAGGAAGAGGUGAUGAAUCAGUUAGUUAUGAAUUUUUAUCAAGAUCCAGAUACGUUUUCAUCAAUUGCACAGAGUGUUGAUACAUCUGGCAGAUUCACAUUUACUGGAAACAUCAAUAACACCCACAUUUUACGUCCCUUGCCCGAUCAUCUUGGCAAACGUCGCGAUCUGUUGAAAAUAAAUUCAUCAUUUUUUGAAAAUAAUGCCAAAGGUUUCAUAAAUACUGAUGAACAUAUAAUUUAUAAACAAACGUUUGAUAAUUCUAUCCCAUUUUCUACGCCUAAAGUGUUCAAUGAUAAAUUAAUGAAAACUAAGAGUGUAUCCCGAAGGGAUGUAUACUGGACACCAAGUAUAGUUUAUCCGGAAAUUUUGGUUUAUGUAGACGAAUUAAUUUUCGCAAAAUUUAAUUAUGAUAUGAUGAAAGCGGUAGAAUAUACUUUAAGUUACUGGAAUGGAGUUGAUUUAAGAUUCAGACAAUUUCAAAAACCAAUGAUUCGCCUCUAUAUUUCCGGAAUAGUAUUAUUUGAGAAUACACCACCGUUUGUCUAUCCAACUUUAUAUUCAAACGAAAUGUGUGAUGCAGAGGUAUUACGACAAGAAUUUGCUAGUUUUUUGCAUAAGGACAAUAUCAUUCAACCAAUCAAGGAUUAUGAUAUAUCUAUGUAUAUGACUGCAAGAAAAUUGUAUACGAUUAAUGAAAAUAGAGAAGCAACAGGUAUAGCGAAUCUGGGAUCACCAUGUUUUGAUAGUUAUGACCAGUCGGAUUAUAACAACGGAAAAUACUAUUCUUCUGGAAUAGUUAUCGAUGAUAAUGAUUAUAAAUACCUUUUAACUGCUGCUCACGAAUUAGGUCACAUCCUUGGUGCACCACAUGAUGAGGAGCAACCCGAAGACGGUGCUCCAUAUGGUUCUAUAAAUUGCCUUAAAGAAGAAAGUUACAUCAUGAGUUAUAAUAACAAUAAUCGAAAUAUGUUUUUCUUUUCUCCUUGUUCUGAACAAAACAUAAUAUAUACUUUAAGUCAAGAAUCAUCAUCAUGCCUUCGAAAUAAUCCAGCAGAAUAUGAAAAUAACUAUCCGCUACGGAGAUUAUUACCCGGUGAAAUGAUGUCUUUAGAUGAACAGUGCCAAAAAAUGGGAUUCCUUCAAUGUGCAUAUGAUAAGACAACUUGUUUAGAUCUAUACUGUUACAUGUACAAUGAUGAGGGAAUUAUGUCUUACUAUACAUACAACGAACCUCCGGCGGAGGGAUCUUAUUGUGGUGAUGGCAUGUACUGUAUAGCAGGACAAUGUGAAUAUAAAGUAUAAAAAAAAGGAAAGGUAAUGAUAUUCAAUAAAUGGAAAUAAAUUUCUUUUAUUAAUAAUGUCGAACGGUCUCAGAAAUUCUUUGACAAAAAGAGACCUUUCAUUAUCGCCCUAUAAAAACGGUAAUGAACGUGAAAAUAAUAAUUAUUGAUUUUAAAAUACAUUUUUCUCGAAACAC